AUGUCUUCUCACAAGACAUUCAGAAACAAGCGAUUCCUGGCCAAGAAACAAAAGCAAGACCGGCCCAUUCCUCAGUGGAUUUGGAUGAAAACUGGUAACAAGAUCAGGUACAACUCCAAGAGAAGACACUGA